AUGACCAUCUCAAGCCCGCUUCUCCCGCCGUUACCGGCCCGCUCGUCCUCGAGCAAAUCAUUCUUCGCCCCCUCUCCCCUCGAACAUACCUUCCACCCCCACUCGCCCUUGAGCCUGGCGGCGCGGGUGACUAUGCAGAGUGCGGGCGUGGGGCUGCUGGUUAGCGCUGUGCAGAAUGCUUUGGAGCGCCACGACAAGGGCGCUAUGGGUAUCGUCACCAGGACAGGAGGGACGAUCGGCUUCUUCACGGCCAUGGGGUUCACGUUCGCAUUUACAGAAGCACAGGUUGCAAACUGGCGAGAGUCGGAUGACGCACUGAACGGAGCUGCCGGAGGAUGCGCUGCGGGCUUCAUUGCGGGUGUUCGAGCCAAGUCGCUACCAAUGGCCUUUGGAGCUUGCGCCGCUAUGGGCACGAUGAUCGGUACCUUCUCUUACGCCGGUAACUCUUUGACAGGUACCGACCGUCAAUCGGUGCCCCGACCCGAGCGAGAGGAGCGGAGACGGGCGUUCUUCAAGCCCCGCAAGGCCGCAGAGGAGGCUGUAGCCGCUUAG